CCGCUUCCGGCGCGGCCGGGGGAGCUCGGCAGGCGAGGCGGGCGGCGAGCCGGGCCCGAGGGGGCGGUGGCCACGCUCCGGCCGGGCUCGCUGCUGCGCUCGGAGCCGCAGCCAUGGGCAAGAAGCACAAGAAGCACAAGACCGAGUGGCGCUCGUCGUACGAGGACUAUGCAGACAAGCCCUUGGAGAAGCCCCUGAAGCUGGUCCUCAAGGUUGGAGGAAGCGAAGUGACGGAGCUCUCGGGCUCCGGCCACGACUCCAGUUACUACGAUGACAGGUCAGAUCAUGAGCGGGAGAGGCACAAGGAGAAGAAGAAGAAGAAGAAGAAGAAGUCGGAGAAGGAGAAGCACCUAGACGAUGAGGAAAGGAGGAAGCGAAAGGAAGAGAAGAAGCGGAAACGGGAAAAGGAACACUGUGACACAGAGGGAGAGGUGGACGACUUUGAUCCCGGGAAGAAGGUGGAGGUGGAGCCGCCCCCUGACCGGCCCAUCCGAGCGUGCCGGACACAGCCAGCUGAAAAUGAGAGCACGCCUAUUCAGCAGCUACUAGAGCACUUCCUCCGCCAGCUGCAGAGAAAAGAUCCUCAUGGAUUUUUCGCUUUUCCCGUCACGGAUGCAAUUGCUCCUGGCUAUUCGAUGAUCAUAAAGCAUCCUAUGGAUUUUGGCACGAUGAAAGACAAAAUCGUAGCUAAUGAGUACAAGUCAGUCACGGAGUUUAAGGCAGAUUUCAAACUGAUGUGUGAUAACGCAAUGACGUACAACAGACCAGACACCGUGUACUACAAGUUAGCCAAGAAGAUCCUCCACGCGGGCUUUAAAAUGAUGAGCAAAGAGCGGCUCUUAGCUUUGAAGCGCAGCAUGUCGUUUAUGCAGGACAUGGAUUUUUCUCAGCAGGCAGCUCUUUUGGGCAACGAAGAUACAGCUGUCGAGGAGCCUGUUCCCGAAGUUGUGCCCGUACAAGUAGAAACUGCCAAGAAAUCCAAAAGGCCGAGUAGAGAAGCCAUCAGCUGCGUGUUUGAGCCUGAAGGAAACGCCUGCAGCCUGACCGACAGCACCGCGGAGGAGCACGUGCUGGCCUUGGUGGAGCACGCAGCCGACGAGGCCCGAGACAGGAUCCGCCAGCUCGUCCCCGGCGGCAAGAUGGGCUACCUGAAGAAGAACGGGGACGGGAGCCUGCUCUACAGCGUGGUCAACACGGCCGAGCCCGACGCCGACGAGGAGGAGACCCACCCGGUGGACCUGAGCUCGCUGUCCAGCAAGCUGCUGCCCGGCUUCACCACCCUGGGCGUCAGGGAGGAGCGGAGGAGCAGAGUCACCUUCCUCUCCGGAGCCAGCACCGCGCUCUCCACGCACAACAACUCCGUGUUCGGCGACUUGAAGUCCGACGAGGCGGAGCUGCUGUACUCAGCCUACGGAGACGAGACGGGCGUGCAGUGCGCGCUGAGCCUGCAGGAGUUCGUGAAGGAUGCUGGGAGCUACAGCAAAAAGCUGGUGGACGACCUCCUGGACCAGAUCACAGGCGGGGACCACUCGCGGAUGCUCUUCCAGCUGAGGCAGAGGAGAAGCGUCCCGGCAAAGCCUCUGGAUGAAGUGAAGGCUGGGGACCCUCUCGGGGAUGGUGGCUGCACCCUGGACCUCAUGGCCACGAAGCCCUACCCGGACGUGUCUCUUGACGUCUCCGUGCUCGGCUGUCUGGGGAAAGUGAAGAAGGAGCUGGACCACGACGAUGGCCACCUGAGCCUGGACGAGACCGCAAAGCUGCUUCAGGACCUGCAGGAGGCACAGGCGGAGCGCGGGGGCUCCCGGCCGUCCUCCAACCUCAGCUCCCUGUCCAACGCCUCCGACAGGGACCAGCACCACCUGGGAAGCCCGUCUCGCCUCAGUGUCGGGGAGCAGCCAGAGGUGACCCACGACCCGUACGAGUUCCUUCAGUCUCCAGAGCCUGCAUCCUCCACGAAGAACUAGCCUUGUGGAUAGUCCUCCGUUGUUUUUUAUUUUUUGAAUUUUUAUUUGCACAUACAGAGUUUUUGUCAUGAGACAAAGACUUUGAUUUUGUCCCCUUUGGCCUGCGGGAAGCGGCCCGGGGGAGCUGGGGAGUCGUCUGAGGUCACGUCAGCCGCGCUCAGAGCCUACGUGUCUGUGGUCCAUCCUGGGUGUCCGGAGAGUGGGGUCACUUGUAAAGGGUGCGUGGUCAGAUUCUGUGGAGUGGUCUGUCUCCGAGCUUCUCGGCGGCCGUGUGGACGCACCUGUUCUGCGCGUCUCCUCCGGGAGCGGACGUGGGGGAGUCUGUCUCUGCGAGGGGCCCUGCGUGUUCCCGUCCCGCCUGCGCCCCGCGUCCCGCAUUUCCCAGGCGGGUCACGGUGGGGGCCACGUGGGAGCCGGCAGGGAGGGCAGCGCCCCGUUCUCUAAGCCGUGUGCCGAGAGGGGCGCCCUCUGCCCGGAGCUGGCCUGUCCUGCCGGCCUCGGCAAAGGGUCAAGUGUCCGAAAACGCUUUGUUCUGGAUGUGUUUACUGGAUGCCUGUUUGUAUUCACAAAAUGUAAAUACAGAUGUUAAUAAA